GAACGCGAAUCAUUUCCGUAGUUUUUCUCGUAAAGUUUGCCAGUUCUGAAUCAUUAUUCUUUUCCGCCGUUGUCGUACUAUUCACCGCCACCAUGAGCUCGUCCGGACGCGAGGGACACUCUUCCGGGAUGCAGAUGUCCACCUCGAGUACAGUGCUCAGCAUGGCGGAGAAGCAAAAGUACAUCGAAGAUUAUGACUUUCCCUAUUGCGACGAAUCGAGCAAAUACGAGAAGGUUGCGAAAAUCGGACAGGGAACCUUCGGCGAGGUAUUCAAAGCUCGCGAGAAGAAAUCCAACAAGAAGUUUGUCGCCAUGAAGAAGGUUCUGAUGGAUAACGAGAAGGAAGGUUUUCCGAUUACGGCCCUGCGGGAGAUCCGGAUCCUGCAGCUGCUGAAGCACGAGAACGUUGUUAAUUUGAUCGAGAUCUGUCGUACGAAGGCAACGGCCAACAAUCGGUAUCGGUCAACGUUCUAUUUGGUGUUUGAUUUCUGCGAGCAUGAUCUGGCCGGGCUGCUGUCGAAUAUCAAUGUCAAGUUCAGUCUGGGCGAGAUCAAGAAGGUCAUGCAGCAGCUGCUGAACGGCCUGUACUACAUCCAUAGCAAUAAGAUACUUCAUCGCGAUAUGAAGGCUGCCAACGUACUGAUUACGAAGAAUGGCGUUCUCAAAUUGGCCGAUUUUGGUUUGGCUCGAGCGUUCAGCAUCACUAAGAACGGACAAGCCAAUCGGUAUACAAACCGUGUCGUCACAUUAUGGUAUCGUCCCCCGGAAUUGCUGCUGGGCGAUCGUAACUAUGGACCUCCGGUGGAUAUGUGGGGCGCUGGCUGUAUUAUGGCGGAAAUGUGGACCCGUUCGCCUAUCAUGCAGGGCGCAACGGAACAACAGCAGCUGAUUUUCAUUUCUCAGCUGUGUGGAUCGUUCACACCGGACGUAUGGCCGGGCGUUGAAAGCUUGGAGCUCUAUCAGAAAAUGGAACAUCCGAUGGGACACAAGCGGAAGGUACGCGACCGUCUUCGGCCAUACGUGAAGGACACAAAUGGGGUCGAUCUGCUGGAUAAGCUGCUUAUCCUGGAUCCGAAGGAGCGCAUCGAUGCCGAUUCCGCUUUGAAUCAUGACUUCUUCUGGACUGAUCCGAUGCCGAGCGACCUGAGCAAGAUGUUGUCUCAGCACACGCAGAGCAUGUUCGAGUAUCUGACGCCUCCGAGGCGGGCCUGCCAGAUGCGGCAGUACCAGCAACAGAUGGUCAACACAAUGCAACAGCGCCCACAGGACAACAGCUAUCAAGAUCGCGUUUACUAGCCGUGCGACACCCGGGCCGCGGUUGCGUUGAUGCGUUUUCGAUAAUUUACUUCAUUAGCUUAACAUUAUUGGCUAGGAUUAGUGAACUAGGCUUAAUCGUAUACCUUUUUUUUUUUUUGAAGGCAGUUUUUAGU